AUGUUUGCGGAGCCGGCAGUGGCCGCGUCGCCUCAGCUACCACGGGAAGCACUGCCGCUGGACGCGCUGCAGCAGCAAGUUGACCGGCUGACAGCAACUCUGGGGCAGCCGGCGCAGCUGCCCGACGAGGAGGCGCUGAAGGCCGCGGCAGGCGCCGCACUGCAGCUGGCGCAGCAGGGGGCCGCAGGCGCAAGCGACGGCCUGCGCGGCCUGCUAGCGCCGCUGGCGCUGUUCGGCCCGGAGGCGGGCACCACCAACGUGUUGUUCUGGGUGGUGAUGCUUCUGUUCUGCUACAACCUCCUCGUGCUGACGCCGCGGCAGUAG